AUGCAGGAAGUAGGCGAAAAUGAGACAGCUGUGACUGAAUUUAUCCUCAUCGGUUGGUCAGGUCGACCCAAGUCAAGGAUGGUUUUAAUGACAGUUUUUAUAAUUUCCUACUUCAUAACAGUUCUUGGGAAUGGACUUAUUGUUGUGGUAGUGAUAUGUGACCCACGGCUCCACAACCCCAUGUAUUUUUUCCUCUGCAAUUUGUCCAUUAUUGACCUCUGCCUCACAACAACAUCGCUCCCACAAUCUAUAGCCAACUGCUUAGUGGACAGGCCUGUAAUGUCUCUUGCUGCAUGCUAUACACAAAUGUAUUCUAUUCUCUUAUUUGGUACAACUGAAUGUUUCUUCCUGGCUGUCAUGGCUUAUGACCGAUACAUUGCUAUCUCUAAUCCACUGCGCUACACACUCAUCAUUAACAGGACAGUGUGCAUCAUGUUAGCCACUUCCACAUGGGUGGCAGCCUUUCUUAUAACAGUUGCCCCUUGUCUUGCUAAGCCAGCUAGGUUUUGUGGAAACAAUGAGGUGGACCAUAUAGGAUGUGAAUUCAAAUCUAUGUUUAAGCUCAUUUGUACGGAUACCUCUAUGAGCCAAAUAAGCGUAUACUUCACCAGUACUUUGUCACUAAUUAUUCCCCUUAGUUUUAUUCUUUUCUCCUAUAUGCGCAUUCUAGCAGCCAUUGUAAGAAUGCACUCAGAAGGAGGCAGAAUGAAGGCUUUCUCUACAUGUGGGUCUCACCUGGCGGUAGUGACUAUGUACUAUGGCACAGCCAUAUUUGUCUACCUUUUUCCUCAGAAUGAGAAGACUCAUGAGAUGGAAAAAGUACUUGCAGCAUUCAGUGCAGUGCUUACACCUGUGUUUAACCCUUUAGUUUACACACUAAGAAACCAGGAAGUUUUAGGAGCACUGAAGAGACUUUUAGGUAACAAAAAGCCAGGCAUCACAUACUAA